AUGGAUAACAAUUUUAGGUGUAUAGCAUUUGAUUUAGGAGGUGUAUUAUUUUCUGCAGGAAAAGAAUUUGCAAAAGCAGAAUGGAGUUCAUAUGGAUAUGAUGUAGUAUUAAUUCAUGAUGAAUUAGUUAGUGAAAAAGCACAACAAUUAAGAAAAGGAAUGAUUAGUGAUAAUGAAUUUUGGAAUAUUUAUUUGAAAUCUAAAGUACCAUCAAAUUAUGAUGUAGAUUUAAUUAAACAAGCUUAUUAUCGUGGAUAUAUUCUCGAUGAAGAUUUAUCGAAUUGGAUGAAGAAUACAUUAAAGAAACCAGGUAAUAAUUAUAAAUUAGUUGCAUUCAGUGGUAAUAUUCCAUCAAGAAUUCAAUAUUUAGAAGAUAAAUAUCAUUUUCGUUCAUUAUUCGAUGCAGAAGCUUAUAGUUUUGAUUGUGGUGCAACUAAACCUGAUAACUAUUUCAUUGAAUAUCUAAUAAAGAUUUGUUUUCCUCAAGAAACUAAAGAUGUAGUCUUGAAACAUGGUGAACCAUUAAUUGGACAACAAUUAUCAUUAUUUCAAGAAUUAGGUAAACAAAUCCUCUAUUUGGAUGAUAGUGUUAAAGAUUCUGCCCCAGCCAAAAGAUAUAAUAUUAAUACCUUUAUAUAUGAAAGAGGUCAUAUUAAUAAACUUUUUGAAAAAUAUCCAAAUUUAAAUAAAUAA